AUGGUAGUUCACGACACCGAAAACGACACGCCAUGCUAUCCCUCACAUACAGCACCUCCAGGGAAGAGACAACUUCAAAGUUUUAUACAAUACACCUUAGAGGCGACAACCGAGGAUUCGUUCACAAAACAACAGCAGCUGAGUGCACAUUUAAAUGCCUCCCCUUCUUUCUGUCGCAUUCCCGCAUCGUACUUCGGUAGUCACGUGAAAGAUAGUAAAACAGCCAAGAUGAACUAUGACAAAAUAUGGACCGACUUCCUGAUAAAGAAAACCACACUGCAGGGGAAGUGGAAUGGAAUUAUGGUUUCUGGACAAUUCUGUCUUCACGGCAAGCAUUUUACCGAGACGGAUGGAGUGUCUGACCACCGAUGUCUAUGGAGCCUUGCCCAAGCCUGGGGAGAACACCGGGCCAGCAAUUCUGGAGUACGCCGAAUGGUUUCCGGAGGGAAUAACUCGCCCACUGUAGAUGAACUGACCACACUGCGCUGGCUUGGUUACAUGCUCCGUAUCUUAGUUGACCGACUUCCCCAAAGAACCCUUUUCGCACAACCAAACGAAGAGUGGAAGCGAGCCAGGGGGUCACACGACUUGGCAGCGACGUAUGGAAGCCAUUAG